AUGUCUGUCUUUGCACGCUCCACGUUCAAUGCCGCUGGAUAUGCGGCUUUCCGCCCGUCAUACCCAGCAUCGCUGUACAAGACGAUCCUGGGAUACCACAAUGCCAAAUCACCGAAUGGGACGGCACUGGACCUAGGCUGUGGCCACGGCCUCAUCUCACGGGAACUGGCACCGCAUUUCAGCAAGGUCAUCGCCAUCGACCCGAGCGCCAACAUGGUAAAGCAGGCAUCAGAGUCGACGACAGACCCCAAGAUCACGUUUCGCCAGGACAGCUCUGAGGAUCUCUCCUUCGUGGAGGACCAGUCUGUGGACCUUGUGGUUGCGGGCCAAGCAGCGCAUUGGUUCAACUACUCCAAGGUCUGGCCCCAACUCGCCCGGGUCGUCAAGAGCGGCGGCACGCUGGCAUUCUGGGGCUACAAGGACAACAUUCUCAUCGGGUACCCUGAGGCCAACGCCAUCUUUGAUCACUUCUGCUACGGCGAGGGGCAGGCCUCACCUGCAUUCCCACUGGAGACGAUGGGGGAGUACUGGGAGAAGCCGGGCCGCCAGAUCCUCCGGGAUAACCUGUCGGUAGUCGACCCGCCCGCGUCCGAGUGGGAGAAGGUCAAGCGGAUCAUUUACGACCCGGACCGCACCACGUCGCAGAUCGGGGCGGACGUAGCCCCCGAGGCGGCGUGGCAGCGCAAGACGCUCAAGCUGGGCGAGUUCGAGGGCUACGUGCGCACGUUCAGCUCGUACCGCGGGUGGCGGGACGCGCACCCGGAGAUCAAGAGCCGGGCGGAGGGCGGGACGGGGGACAUUGCGGACGCGCUGUUCGACCGGCUGCUGGAGGCGGUGCCGGAGUGGAAGGCGAAGGGCGACAGGUGGCGGGAGGUGGAGGUCGAGGCGGUCUGGGGGACGACGAUAAUCCUGGCCAAGAGGAAGUGA